CCUGCCGAUGUUCACUUGUGUUCAUGCUGUCGUAAGGAGAUGAGAUGAGAGCAAACUGCUCCAGCAGCUCCUCUUGCCCUGCCAACAGCUCGGAGGAAGAGCUGCCCGUAGGACUGGAGGGACAUGGGAACCUGAAACUGGUUUUCACAGUGGUGUCAGCUGUGAUGGUGGGUCUGGUCAUGUUCUCCUUUGGAUGUUCUGUGGAGAUCCGGAAGCUCUGGUCACACCUCAGGAGACCCUGGGGCAUUGCAGUGGGACUGCUCUGCCAGUUUGGGCUCAUGCCUCUGACGGCCUAUCUGCUAGCCAUCAUCUUUUCUCUGAAGCCAAUCCAAGCUAUUGCUGUCCUCAUUAUGGGGUGUUGCCCUGGGGGAACCGUCUCCAACGUUCUCACUUUCUGGGUUGAUGGAGAUAUGGAUCUCAGCAUCAGUAUGACAACCUGCUCCACAGUGGCUGCUCUGGGAAUGAUGCCUCUCUGCCUUCAUCUCUACACCUGGUCCUGGAAGCUCAUGCAGAAUCUCACCAUUCCAUAUCAGAACAUAGGAAUUACCCUUGUGUCACUCAUCGUUCCAGUGGCCUUUGGUAUCUGUGUGAAUUACAGGUGGCCAAAACAAUCGAAAAUCAUUCUCAAGAUUGGGGCCGUUGCUGGUGGGAUCCUCCUUCUGGUGGUUGCAGUCACUGGUAUGGUGCUGGCAAAGGGAUGGGAUUUAGAUAUCACUCUUCUGAUCAUCAGCUUCAUCUUCCCUUUGGUGGGCCAUGUUACAGGCUUCCUACUGGCAUUGCUCACCCACCAAUCCUGGCAAAGGUGCAGGACGAUUUCCGUAGAGACCGGAGCUCAGAACAUUCAGUUGUGCAUUACCAUGCUCCAGCUGUCUUUCCCUGCACAGCACUUGGUGCAGUUGUUUAACUUCGCAUUGGCCUAUGGACUCUUCCAACUUUUGCAUGGAUUUCUCAUUAUUGCAGCAUAUCAGGCAUACAAGAGGAGACUGAAGAACAAACAGAGGAGGCAGCGCCUGGAUCGCACAGACAUCUACUAUGAGAAGAAACCCAGAGAGACCGGUGUUUUCUUGGAGGGGAGUGACGAAGCUGCUGUAACUCUGGAGCCGUUGGAACCAGUGUGUCACCACAGGGCUCUUGAGCCAAUUGACCACAUCUCUUCAUGUGAAUAGUGGGGACUUGCUGGGGAUCUGGCACCCUCUUCUCUCUGUGGGCAUUGCAGGACACGGGUAUGCUUACAUACAUGCAGGUAUAAUACUCACAAACAUAACCUAAAAAUGAACAAAUAAACAUUUUAAAAUGAAUUUAAGUGAUGUUAUCUUUAAGGGAUUAUCUUUUUUGAUUAUGUAUGUAAGGCAACUUAGAGGAAAUUUAAAGAAAGGCAAAUCUAAGUAGUGAAUGCCUUGUGCUUUCAUUCUCGAAAGAGCCACAAGCUCUUUAAAUCUACUUCUGUACAUCCAAUCAUUGGAAAAGCAUCAGGAUUGCUUCCUGUCUACUGUUUUGCAAGAUGCUUAAUGACAUAUUUCAGAUGAUCUUUGUGCACUUGUCUAUGUUGACCUACCUCAUUCUGUAGAACAGUGGCUGUUACAAGUGUUAUGUGAUAUAGGACCAUAAUUUAUUUGUUCCAUCUUUAUUUUGGAUAUUUAAAUACCUUUCAGUGUGGAGCUGCUAUGAAUGACUGCUUUGCCUUCAAGUGUGUGUUCCUGUAGCUCCCUUCCUGUGGCGGGAGCAGCCAGGCCCAGUGCCUCCCUCCCCAAAUCUUGGACAGAUUGCUUUCUGACGGUGCCUUACAGCUGUCUUGAAAGGGCUUGGGUUUUCAGUUUCACCAAUUUAAGAAAUGAUUUUUGAUCAUUUCAAUUUGUAAAAAUAUCUCAUUAAAUUAUAU